AUGCAAGCGGUUCAGCAUGAAGGGCUCCCUGGCCCGCUUCAGCAGCCAGGUCUCGCAGACUCUGCCGCCGUAGCUCGAGACCUGUCGCUUAAGGGUCCAGCACCCAAGAACAUCGCUUUCGAAUUGUUGCUCGACGAGAAUUCCAAAGUGCGAGCUCGUAUCCCAAUGCGCGUGCAGAUUUAUCCUCAUGAUACCACGGAUUCGAUCGUCACGACGGUUAAAAAUUUCUAUGGCAUCUACGACGGUACUGCCAGUGGAGUCAGCUUCGAGGAUGAACAUGGGACCACUCUCAUCGCAAGGUACGAGAAUCUCAAGAAUAACAGGACUGUAUAUGUGCGAGUCAUUCCCAUCCAACCAUAUGGGGAUCACUACUAUAAUGGGUUCCCUGUCGAGCCUCGCAAGCGACCUAGUCUGGCAGAGCCUUUCCAGAUGGUCGAUGGCAUGGCGCCGAUGAUGGAUCAGCCAUCACGACCAGCCUCCCGACUUGCGAGAAAGCGCAGCACCUCUCCGUCCAACCGAAGUCUCCGUAGUGCAUCUCAGCACAAGCCCCCUUCUCGCGCGGGCAAUAAAAGCCGGGCCUCGAGCAUCCAUGGAGGUCUCCAUGAUGAGGAUGGUUAUAGCGAUACUGAGAGCGCUUAUGCUCGUAGAGCUCGCAAUGAGCUAUUUGCCAGCUCUGAUAUCAGCAUGGAGAAUAUACUACAAGAUGGUCGUCGGAAACGACCCAAGUUCGACAGCUCUGAGCUUCCGUUGUUUGUUCCUCCUCAAGUCCCCCUUACUACCUCCACCUCCUCUAUCUCCCCACAACGUCGAUCGGUUGGACAGGAAGGCGCUGGGUCGCCUUUCGCACGCCCACCGCAACGGCCCCAAUAUAGCUAUCAGCAUGCGCUUCCAUCGCCACAAAGCUAUGGUCACAGUGAAUAUGGUGUUCACUCCGGGCGCAAUACAGUGUAUGCGACUCCCGUUGUCCCAGAACAUGCAAAUCGUAUGCGCGACAACGGGGUCUAUAGCAACUCGGCUAGCCGAGUCAACGGUCCAGGUGUAUUGCCCACACCUGACCCGACCAUUGCAAGCUGCAUCUCUGACGAGGAUGUGGCAAUGCAAUUGAUACGCUUAGGCGAUGCGUCCAAUUUCUCUCACGGUCGCACUUCUGCCUCGACAUUGGAUGAUGCAUUCAGUGGUGCCGCUGACGCUGCCUCAUCCACCGGCGCUACUAGUGACGGUGAUGAAUUUAGCGAGGAUGAGGACGACUUGCCAGCCCGUCGCCAGAGGCUGGAUUCAAGCCCAAUGCUGCCGCCGGGAACCAUCAAGCGCCACCUCAAGGGCUUGGAUGAUAUCCUCCCCAGCGCCGACAGCAGCGAUCACAGCUCUGAUGGCGCAGACGACGGCAUCAAAAGCGAGGCUGAUGACGAUAUGCUUUACAAGGAGUUUGCGCCCAAGGCGAAGAAGCCGAGGAGCCGUCCCACAUCGUUCAAGGUUCGCAACCAGAAGCCUGUGCCUACAAAACUGAACAAGAGUAAGAUUGCUGCGCCUGCUCCUCGCAAAUCGUCCGACAAGUCAGCGGCGCCUGUUCCACCUCUCAGCCCAGCUUCUUCCCGGAAGGUUUCGGGAGGCUCGGUCAACUUCCAGCACCAGCUCGGUGCAGACGAGGAAGACCUUUCCACCAAACCUCGCUGCCAGCGAUGCCGCAAGAGCAAGAAGGGGUGUGAUCGUCAACGUCCCUGUGGACGUUGCAAGGAUGCUGGUAUUGGAAUUGACGGAUGCCUCAGUGAGGAUGAAGGCAAUGGUCGUAAAGGCCGUUACGGUCGCCAUAUGGGUGUCCCUGUCAAGAAGAACGGGGAAGAGAUGGAUGAAGAUGAGGAGUUUUCGGUAACGCCUGCAACCCCUCCCAUCUCUGCGUCUAUAGCAGACAAGAAUAAGAAGCGGAAGCGCUAG